AUGGCGGAUGGAUUAAAACAAAGAGAAAACUUAUAUAAGCUGAUGAUAAGGUAAGUAGGGUUUCCGAAUGUAAUUUAAUUUUCUUUUUUGAGCUGAUGUAGGAAAGCGAAAUACGAAGAUAUCGCUUCAGAGUGUCGUUAACGCUUGAACAAACAACAAUAUGGCGUCGUGCUUCGUUUGGUUUUCAGCUGCUGUCAGCGUCUGCGUUAAUCUAUCUCCUUGAAGCAUCGCGGGUGUGUGACUAGAUUAAAGAAAAAGUAGAUGAAUUGAACCUCAAAUAUUAUUUGCCUAUAAGCGUUCCAGCCUCGUGAUGUUUCGUCAAGAGAAGUAGAAGUGGUGCUAAGUAUUAACCCGAUUGAUACUUAUUUGAUGGUUUUCCGUUGUUAUUGAUGCGAAUUGAACCCUUUAAGCUUCGUUCCGUUCUAAUAGUGUUGAACACCAGUAAGUUAGUAGGAGUAAAUUUAUCUUGGCUGGAAGAGUACCUCAAAUUUGUUACAACAGACAAUGUUUUUUUUUUUGACUCAGUACAAUUUACGUUAACCCACACAGACUUGUUUCAAGCUAAAUCGAGAAAUACCUGAAAGAUGUUUCUGCUUGCUUUUUAGUGUUAUUAAUUUUUAUUGUGAAAAGUAAAUCUUGUCUGUGCUUCUCUGUCGAUGCAGCUUUAUCAGGUGAAAUAUUGUCGUAAAGUUCAGCCAGUUAUGGUACAAUUUGUUUCAAGAUAUGCUGAAAAAUUUAGUUUAAGGGAAAAAAUGAUAGCGUUAUUGUUGUAGGCUUCGGUGAAAUUUUGCCUAAGAACACAAAGAAAGAAAGUCAGCUCUUUUUUGGUACUUCAUUUGGAAAAAUAUGUCAUAGAAAAAUCAAGGAAGUUGGAAAUUUUUCUGUAAAUUAGGUUAAAUGUACAGUGCAUGAACAACUUUUUUCUGGCUGCUCCUGUUGGUAAAGGGAACAACUUUGUAAAGAAACUGGAGUGCUGUAUCAGUGGAGGUUAUUACAUGAUAAUCAGUUCUUACCAACUGAGUUUUUUUGUCAAUUGAUCUAAUAAAGGGCUAAUGCCCAAAAAAUCAGCUUCAGAGAGCCUUUACUGUGGUCAAUUUACAUACCUGUUAGUGGUUUGAUUAGCUGGUAAAUGUGAGCUUUGUCUCAAAGAGCAGGGUAAAAGGUUAGCCGUUUGAUUUUCUUCCUCUGUAGUUCCUAUGAUUUUUAUGCUAAAUACUUCUCAUUCUGCAAGGUCUAUUAGUUUUUCUCUGGCUUCCAAGGUCCCAAGUUCAAAUUUUUCUCAAAGUGGCUCUCUGGCAACCUGAAAUGAUGAAAUGGUUACCAGGAAAAUAACUUUUAUAAAGUAUUUAUGCAGAUGUUUCAAUCUCUUAAAUUUUAGAUUAUAAACAAAAAUUAACCCAAUGUUACAGGUUGUUACAACACUGCACAACACAGGUUGCCAAACUUGUGACUUUCACAGAAAAUUUAAACCCUGAAAUUCAUUUGUUUAUGUCUUUUUCUGUGAGCUUGUACAUUAUUGAUGGCACAGAUAUACACUUGAUUUCAAUAAUCACCAAGAUUCUGUCUUUUAUUAGUGGGGUGUAUAUAAUAAACACUAUUAGUUGCAUGUGGUGAAUGAUGGAGGCUAUUGAAGCUUUCCUGAAAGAAAAGGAAUACCAGUUGUAAAAAAACGAUUUAAUUAGGAUAACAAGGAAAGUGAAUCUGUGGAGAAAAGUGAAUCCUUAGUGGUGUAUUUGAGCAAACUUUUCCUAUUAACCUGUUUGGUCUCAUUGUUCAUGGAUUAUCCUUUUAGGUGUCAACAUAGUGGCAAUUAAGUGUUAAUUACAUGUGUUUAUAAUUUGAUCUACUGGAUUGCCAGUGUUCAUUAUUGUCAUAAAUAAUUCUUUAAUAACUUUAUAACCCUUCUUCCCUCCAUAGUCAGCUCAGAUAUGAUGGAUUUGAUGCCAUUGCAAAUAAUUUGGCCAAAGUGGUUAACAUCAUCAGUGCAUGCCCUCCUAUGGCGCGACUUUAUGAAGUUGUGAAUCUUGGAAUUCAAGCUGAAACAGAAGGUAAAUUUUUAGCGACAUUGUUUUAUCAACUGUUUUCAUAGAGCAUUAAUCUUUAAAUUUCUUCCUUGAAAAAGAGGAGUCUUGUUUACAAAUGAUAAUUUUAAUAUACCAAAUGAUGCAUUUGAAGAAUAAUACAAUUAGUAAAUUUUUAUGAAAAUGAAGCAGAUGUAAGUGAAUUACUGAAGGAAAGUAUGGAUCUUGAGGAAAAAGUUUGGAGGAAUUAAUUAUUUUCUUGGGAGAGAAUAUAAGGAAGUAGUUAAUUUGACCAUGUCACUCCCAAGAUCCCAAGAUGGCAUUAGUAAUUCUCCUUACUGUCUGCAAUACAAUUCUUAUGAUGUUAUUUUGGGGAAUUUGGUAUUGGAUCAACGAAUAAUCCCCUUGUUGAUAUUUUUUUUUCUCCUCAUCACUUGUCUGCUUGAUAUUGAAUUUAUAUUUUAAGGAGAAAGUAUGACUAAGUUACUGCUGGGAGGGAAAGAGUUAUUUACUGAUUGAUAGGUUUUCUGAAUGACUUAAUAACUGACCAAAUUAGAAAAUGACUGAAUGAAUUGAUGGAUGAAUGAAUGAAUGAAGGUUUUUUAGCUCUGAAUUAAUGAACUGAGGAACGAAUGCAGAGAAUAUGGAUUAAAAAGUGGUAAAUAAGUAAAUGUGGUUGUCAAAAAUUGGUAGUGAGAGACGUGAAGAUGAAUAAAAGUGAGAUAUUAUGUAGAAAACUUAACUGACAAACUAACAAACCAACAUGCAAUCUUUUAUGCAACUGAAUUAUUGAAUUAAUAUGAUGUACUAAUUUGUAUUGACUGAGUGGGAAGGCUGGAUGGGAAACUAUUUGGCUCAAGGUCAUAAAAAUCUUCCUUUAUUUUUGUGAGUUGGUUUGAGAAACUCUCAGUUCAUAGAAACACACCUUGUUUUCUUGAUCCUGUUUUCCUAGAGUUCAAUGUAAACAAUGUUCUUCUUUUUGCAAGAAAGCCAUACCAGUGUGGGGCCAGAUGGUCGUUUUUUAAACUGGCUCAUGUCAACCCUGGCUCAUGGGUCAGCUUCCAUUUUAGUUUUCUAGAGGAUUGCGCAAGCAGGGCCAGACAAGUCAUAUAAUAAUUAUCAGAACUAAAUAAUAUUAUUCAAUUUCUCAUUUCUUCAGGUGUGAGACCCGAACCCACAGUCCUUCCUGGACUAACACCAUCAGUUGAAACAAGCAGAGGAAUGGAUUUGGAGUAUGAACCAGAAGGUAUGGUGAAACCCUUUACAACCUGACAUCAGUAUGCAUAUUCUCCAUACAUUUCAUAAGGUGCUGACAAGGAGAAUUUGUUUAACAAUCAAGAGCUUCAUUCAUUUGUGAUUAUUUUUGUUAUUCUCAUGACCUUUAUGUGUGAUUCAGGGAUGAUAUUGGAAGGAGAACUUUCAUGCUAAUCACUCUUUGUCCUCAAAGGGUUUGAAAUUUGGAAUUUUUGAAGUUAUUAUUGAAAUGUUUUAAAGGUAGUUACAAUGUGUUUGCUUCUAUACUAAGAAAUUGUAAAAUUUAUACAAAGCUGUGUAGUCCUUUUCUCUUGUUCUCUGUGAAGCAAUGUGCUUGGACAUGUGGGUGAGAUGAUUUUUAAUAAAAAUUUCCAUUUACUGUGAGUCCAAAUGUUACUACAUGUCACUCUAUCCAGGUGGCAGUUUUGUCCUUUUCAGGUGAUAACUAAUAAAAUUUAAUUUCUUAAGUACCUCCUAUCACUGCCAUAAAUCAUUUGGAAUUACUGAAAAUUUAACAGGUACAUGUAGAAUGAUUACUCUUGCUACCAGUUUAAAAAUUGAUGUUACUUAUUAUAUUUGAAAUAAGGGAAAACACUGAGUCAGAAUAUUAUUAACUCUGCUCAGGGAGUGAAUUUGAAUUUGGGGAAACAACCCAAUUCCUAUUCAUCUGCAAAUAAAAGUUAAUGAAAUGGAAUAUCUAAGUUGUAUCAUUUUGUAUACUGAAUCAGCGCUAGAUUGCAAUUACUGGUUAUUUGUUUUUUAACUGGGGUUUUUUUUCACUGAAAAUAAAUUAUGAUAAUUACUGCAAGAAUUUUGAAUUAUUUCAUGUUAUGAUCGCACAAUGUUGGUAGCCUACCAUGGAAAGAGCACAUGUUUCGUUUUAGAAUGCAAUGAGUUUGGUAAAACUGUUUUACUUAUGUGUUAUGAUCCUUUUCCAUGCACUGUUGUAAAUGUAUCUACAAGUUUGCCUCAAAGGGUGCUAGUCUAAUAAUUAUUUUUCCAUAGUUUUUGGGCAAAUACUUAGACUGGUGAUUAAAUUUUUUGUGUAGUUACAGUCCUAACAAUAUAGUGAAAAAGUAGUAUGCUUGUAGGUAGUCAUCACCUGUUUUAUAAAGUAGGGCCAAUUUAUAACAGCCCAUGACUAAGAAAGGAGGAUAGCAUUGUUACUCAAUUCAAUCAUUACGUCAGUGGUAAUUUCAAUCAUCAAUUGUUGAAAUAGAAAAAGUAUCAAAGUGAUAAAAAGGCUGACUCUGUUUCAAGAUAAUGUAGUUUUAUCAACUGAGUUCAUAAUGUAAAUUAUGCACCAUAAAUAGUUUCUAAAGCUGAUAUUUUUCGUGCAAGCCGUUUGUCAAGCAGCACCACAGUUUCUCCAGGAAAUUACCCCCUUUAUUCAUAAAUCAAUUUCAAGGUGAUUUUAUUAAUCUUAAAAUUAUCUCCAUCUAAUUUUAGAUUAACCUAGCCAUUUACAUGUAAGCUGGUUCUUUUGGAAAAAAAAAACAAUGUCAGCAACUAUAAUAUAACCUUUUUGGUCCUUAAAACCUUAUGUGGUUGAAGUAAAUAACAAAAUUAAUCUUACGUGUAACUAUAAAUGAUGCCUUCUUUGUGACUUGUACAAGAGCCAUGAUUGUACAUGUUUCUGAAAAUCUGGAUUUUCAAUUUUAUUGAAGCUGUUUUUGUACAAACAUGUAAAGGCCUGAUUCAGUAUACAACAACUUAUUCCAUUUCGUUGCUUGCCUAGGGAAAGAGGUGAAUGGAGAAUGGCAAAACUCCACUACUGAUGAAUCAUUCAUGAACAAUCUUGAACUUCAAAAAGUAGACCAAGAUUGUGAGAGUGAGCCCGAGGAGAGACCAGAUGAUUCCCCUUUGGCAAGCAUGGUUCUUAAUCACAUUCUAAGAAUAACUUCUGACAAGAAAUUCACAGAGCCUCCCCAAGCGCUGAAGCCCACUGCAGCAGCAGAGUCCUCGAGUGGAAAUGGGCAUGUGCUUGAUACAGAGAGCAUUUGUGAACAAGUUAAACUCGAACUUGUUAAGUAUAAUGUUUCUCAAGAGGUGUUUGCCAAAGCGGUCCUCGGCAAAUCGCAAGGAUAUCUCUCUGAAAUGCUCAAACAUGGUGAGAACUUUUUUCGCCCCCAAGACAAUACACACUACAAGGGUUGGAUGAAUUUUGAGAUCAUGCGACAGUUCCUUCAGAGACCAGAGGCUGAACGCCUAAGGAUUUAUUACCAGAAGGGAGAGGAGUUGAAGAGGGAGAGGAUGAAACGUCGGCAGAUUGAGAUUGUAAGUGCAAUUUCUUUUCAUUAUUUGUGUGCAAAUUAUAUUCUUCUUUAUUAAAAUUUUUUCAAGUUUUUUGUUGCUGUGUAGCCUGUUUGCAGGCAUCAUAUUAAGGGGAAUUCAGCUUACAAGCUCACAAUUGUUUAUCCGACCAGCCAUGUAAGUGAGGGUGAUUGGUGGGAAGGGGGUGGGGAAAGAUAAGUAGAUUUUUAUUAAUUUAAUUUCCUCACCCCUCCCCUCUCCUUCCUUUGAUGUCCCUCACUUUCUUUGUACAGUUUCUCUCUCUCUUUAGUUGCUAUAAAUUUGACCUAGAAAAUACUGAGCACUCACAUGCAAAAAUUACACCAUAUAAUAAUUGCUGUUUUGGGAGAAGAUGCUGUCUGGUUUUUUUCCCUGCUAAUGAGAGGAUGGGUAUCAGAAUAUUCCAGGUUUAUAUAAAGAGAGAACAUAGGAUACAUGUAGUUUUGUCUGUAUGAAUGAAGUUUCUUUGAUUGAAGGCUGCAUUAAUACCUUUGUCCUACUGAGUUUUUUGUCAUUAAUUGGGUUUUGAACUGCUAUUCAUUUGGUAUUUUUAGAAUAUGAGAAGCACCUUGAAGCUGAAUCUGAACUUUUGAGAAAUGUAAACUGACACCGAUGUAUUUGUUUGAAUAUUAGGGUCUGUCUGAUGAUGCACUCAGGAAAAGAAGACGCUACAUACCUACUGAAGCUAAGGCUGUUAUGGAGGAUUAUUAUCACCGCAGCAAGUACCUUUCAUUGGAGAAGCGCCAAACCUUAGCCAAUCAGCUGGCCAUUCCUGAACAAUGUGUCAGUGAUUACUUUAAGAAUCUGCGAUCCAAGAAGAAACACGAAGAGCGCAUGAAGUGUUUAUUGAAAGGGCUAGAACAUGGUGAAAAACAGCCUGACCAAGCAGAUUCUGGGGAUGAAGAUGAAGACAGUAUGGAAAAUGACAUCAGUGAACAUCAAGGGUUGUGUUCGCGUAAUAACUCAGCUGAGCAAACAUCUAGUGCUUCAGUCGAAGCUUCCCCACAACCACAUGGUCCUGCUCAAUCUCCAAGUUUAAUACAGUCAUGUGGCAGAAGGUUUAAUAUUUCACCUCCAGUGUCUGCAUCAUCUCAAGCCUUUCAAGCCUCCUCAGAAAGGAAAGUUUCAGAAACUGAUUUAGUGGCAUCAAAAAUCGCUGCUCUGACGCAAGGUCAAAAGUCAUCAAACAAACAGUCUGGUCUCCGAAAUACCAAAUCGCCUUCUGCUAGAAGUAAAGAUAGUGAACUGCAGGUUUCAAGGACACCCACCAGCAGUUCUGCUCAUCGUGCAAGCAGGGAGAGUACUGUACCCUCUACCAGGUGCCUGUCAUCACAGACACCUGUCUCCAGCUCUGAAGAAGUGGAGACAUUUUCGCUUGAUAGCUUGAUUGAUGGUGCCUGCAGUUCUGUCAUGCUCCAGGGGGGGACACCUGAAACUGAUGGACUGGAGGUUGGGCAACAGAUUUAUGUUGUACAUGUUAACAAUCCUGCUGUAACAAGUGUUCAGAAUUGAAGAUUUUCAGGAAGCUGGCAUCUGGAAAUUUUGUUUCAAACUUCCAUAACAUGCAAACUUCAUGAUAUGUGAAGGAGACUACAAUCAUUUAUUAAUUAUUGAUUAAAACUAUUAACAGUUUACAGUUUAGUGACAAUUUAAGUACAAAGUGGCAGUGAUUAACAAAGGAAGAGUUAGGAAAAGAUGGGGUUAACUCUGUCACUGGCUGCAAUAUUGUUCUGUGAUACUUAAGGCUUUUUUUACAUUCUUCAGUGAGUUUCUCUGUUGCAUUCAAAGUUCAGAAAGCCACUGUAACUUAAGUUCUUGGCUAUACACUAUUUGAAGACCCAGGUAAUCUCAGUUAAGAUGUGGAUACAAUUUAUCGCAAAUUAUUAUUUGAAGUUAUAAACAGUGAGAAGUUUUUUUCCUGUAAAUAUAAGAGAGACAAAGAUGACAGCAUCAAGGAACUGGCCAGAGAUGGUUUAAAACUGAAUCGUUUCUUUUGUAAUGUUAUUUUGUCACCAUAACUGCAAUAGCUUUUGGAAUGUGAUCUGUAAAAUAUAUUGAAUGAAAAAUGAAGCACAUAGUAUUGACAAGGUUAUGUAUAGUAUUUAUUAGGCUUUCAUCUAAAGAAAGAUUUUAUCAGAUUUGAAGGAUCAUGUUACAUGGUGCAUUGUUACGAGAAAAUAAAUCGUACUGUAGAGUUGUUUCACCAAGCCAACAGUUAAUUAUCCUAGCUGUGUUGCAUUUAUACCCUGUAGUUUCAAGAGCUGGUGUUCUGAGAUCUUCAGCUGUAAAGAUACUAUGCAAGUUGUUUUACGAGCAUUUCAGUAUCAAUGGAUCCUGUAGCCUAAUCGUCUGUGUGGUAGAGUCCGAAAUGAACUGUUUCUGGUUUCAGUCAAAGUCAACAUGAGUGGGAUUGACAGUCGGAAUCAGUGCUAUAGUGCCAUAUUUUUUUUUUAACAUCAUUAUAUAUGCGCACGCGAUCAUCACGUCUUGUAGCGUGGGGUAUACAAGUUUAUGAAUUAUUAUUAUUAUUGAUAUUUUUUACGUUAUCCAGAUCUGUGAUUCCUACCGAAGAUAAGUUUAUCUUAGCAGCCAAAUUGCAAUACUAUUGACUCUCUUGAAAGGAGAUUAACCCUUUAAUCCCUGAGAGGGACUGGAGACUAAUUUCUCCUCACAAUAUCACCCCUGAAUAAAACAUUGAGGUCAUGAGAAUAAGGGAAAUGAUCAACAACUAUAGGAGCGCUUGAUUUUUAAUCAAAUUCCCCUUUUUCAGAACCUUACGAAAUGUACAGAGAAGGUAUGGAGAAUAUGCAUACUGAUGUUGGGGUGUAUAGGGUUAGAGCAGGUCCUCAUCGUUAGCGCUUUGGCACGGGUGUUUCUUCCCCCGGGGGAAAGUACGAGGCCUUGAUUAACGCGACCCUGCGAUGGGCCUGGAAGCGGUCUGGUACUAAUAGGGAUAUUAGUGCCAGAUCCCCGUCAACAACUUUCAAACCUAAUGAGCCUCGUGGUUUCACUCCAAAGUUGCCAUGACUCAACCAAUGAGCGCACGAGAACUUCAACAGUUAUCGUUGAAGGAGUUCUAUUAAAGAAUUGAGUCAGCGCAUGUGAAAGGAGCGUGUUUGUGAUAGUUUAAGGACGGAAAUGGUUGGUGAAUUCAAUAUGGGUCACGUCUACAAUGAUUAAACCGUGGGACAUCCCUUCUGUGGACUCACUUGAGACUAGAAAAAGUGUCUUCUGAAGGAAAAGCAACCCUUUGACGAAGCUCAGAUUUCAAGGCUCCAAAUUAAUCGUAGAAUUUUGUAGGACUUACCAUGCGACAUUCUUUUCCAGAUCAUGGUACCAGUCCUCCAGCAGCCAUGUACGAAACAUAUUACGUAACAGCACACAAGGCUCCCUGCCGAACAGCGAGUUUUAGUCAAAAUGGUAUGAUUAAGAGUUAUACUUUUUUCAGCGUUCAUUGUGUUAGUGUUCAUGCUCGUUUUUCGCUGUUUUUAUUCCGUCUAGCAGCCGGUUAUGUAUGGUAGUCAAUAGCAGGUAGUUUAGUGUUAAAAACUGAGUUGAAAACGUAAAUUAGCUACCGUAAAGAGUAACAAAGCUGACGUUUCGAGCGUUAGCCCUUCGUCAAUCGCUCUGACGAAGGGCUAACGCUCGAAACGUCUCUCUCGCCCACCGACGCAGCACUACAGUUUCUUUAAAAACUUACCCCCUUUAUUCAUAACGGUAGUCAAUGCUUUGAUAAUCUAGUACCCAGAUCCUACCGAAUAGACUUAACCGCUUGGCCGGGGAAGUUCUGGUUACAAAACUAAUACUUUGAUUAUUUCAAAUAGUUUUCCAUUGAAUUUAGGCGGUCUCACGAAAAAAUGAUAUAAUUACAUGUUUCAUGAUUCUGUUUUAGGUCGAUUGAUAGCAACAGGCUCAGUAGAUGCGUCCAUCAAGGUAUGUUCUUCAAACAAUCAACUUAAGGUUAAGGGAACACAUCGGUCAAACGUCUGGUAUGUGCAAGGAGGUCGGCUUUGUCCAUACGCGCCUAUUUCAAAGAGUAACCGCUGUCGCGUUAAAUAGCGAACAAAGUUGAAACGCUCAUAGAAUUAUGAAAAUAGGGAAGAAAAGUUGGAAAACUUAAAGACUGCGCAACAAAGCUUAUCUAGUUACGUAUAACCUGGUACCGUAGAUUUACCAUUUUAUUUUGAGCUUCAUGAAAAAAAAAAGAUUAUUUUAAAACUUUGUGACGAGAGAGAUAUGCACCGUGAUUAAAGGUGGUUUUGUUCCAGGCCCACAGUUAGUAGAGACGGCUUUUCGUGUGCCCGCAUUUUCAGUCAUUUCCUUUGAAGAGAGUGCUUAGCAUGGCGCUAGAACCAGAAAUUCUCAAUGCGGAGUUCAGUGCACCUAGCACUAGUCUUCCCCGUUCACUACUCAAAAGAAUCUUAAUUAGACAAUCUUUUUUAAACACCUUUAAUGAGUUCAAUUAUGUAACGCGGCUAUUGAAGUGAAUGGCUGAAUAAUAUACAUUAUGAUUGAGUGCUGUCAAAAAAAAAAAGAUGCGCUGCUUUAGCACAGUCACGUUUGAUCUCUCUACGUUCUCCGGGUCUUUUCUCGCAGGUGUUAGAUGUCGAGAGAAUGGUUGCAAAGAACACGAUGCCACAAACACAGGAUCAAGGAGCUGGCACUAAUUUAGAGAAUCAUCCAGUUAUCAGGACUCUUUAUGACCAUAUGGAUGUACGUAUUUCACGAACACGCCGAUAACAAGCUUAUUAUGUAAUAAUGAUAGUAAUAAUAAUGAUGAUGAUAAUUUUUAAAUUUUUGAAUAUAAGCUUUAUUCAAAACUCAGUUAGAAUAUUUGCAAAUGGAUAUAGAAAUAAAACAAAUCGUGCUUUAUGUACAAAAAUGUAUAUUAACUCCAAAAGAACUUGCACAGCUAAAGUUGCAGUUGCGAACGUCUCGAAAUUCGUCUAAGAACAUAGCGCAUUGUCCCGGUCAGGUCUCAAAACCGUGCCUCUCGACGUGGAGUCCAGUACACUGACCAUUAGGCCACUGCGCUUCCCAUGCAAUCCUCGAUCCUCGAUCCACGAAUACCUAUCCUCGAUCUUCGAUCCUUGAAGUUUUUAGGAAUCGAGGUUCGAGUUUCGAGGAAUUGUUGACUUACUUCUGAGCGGUACUGUAUGUGUAACACGACUGUUUUUGUUUUGUUUCAGGAAGUAACAGUUGUUGAAUUUCAUCCCAGCGCUUUGGUCUUGGCAUCUGGUAGUAAAGACUGCACAGUGAAACUAUUUGAUAUCUCAAAACCCUCAGUGAAAAAGGCUUAUCGUUCCCUUCAAGUAAGUUUUAAGGCAACAUUCAGAACUUUUCAUAAACCACUCAGUAACCAAUUUCUGGAGCAGACCCAAAAAAUUUUUCAUGGGAGUAAAGAGUUUGGGGGGGGGGCAGAGAUUUUUUAAUUGAGCGACCACAUUAAGCUAAGAGCGUAAAUAAGCUAAGAAAUAUUGUAAUACAAGUGAAUAUUUAAUACUUCAAACUGUGUGGUAAUAUGUUUUCCUGUUGUUGCAAUCAUUUUGGUGUCAAAGCCAUGGGUCUGAUGGGAAGGGGAGGCAUGGGCAUCCCUCCUCCAGGGUCUCCUCGCCCCCUGGGUUCCCCCUCCCCUCCUCUCCCCAUGGGUCCCUCCUUCCCUUCCCUCUUUUCCUCCCCUCUCCCCCUGGUUCCCCCUCUGAAUCUACUACUGAAACAACUUACGAACUUAUACGCACUGUUUUUUGUUUGUUUGUUUGUUUGUGUUUUGCAUGCACAGAUUAUUUUAAAUUGUUUGAAGUAGCUAAAGAACGUCAGCUAAACUGUGAGUUGUGAUUUGUUUUUCUUGUAGGAAGCCGAGGUUGUAACAUCCAUGUCGUUUCAUCCCACAGGAGAAUUCAUUCUUGUUGGCACAGAACACCCAACCAGUUAGUUCUUUUCCUAUUCCCUAGACCACAGACAGUCUCUGCUUUUUAGGGAAGUCCGUCGCACGAGUGCAUGGAAAAAAAACAAAACAAAACAAAACAAAACCGGAAAAAAUUGCUAUAUCUUUUUACUUGCGCGACGAACUUCGCCAAAAAGGAUGGACCUCUUGGUGUUAGGCCUGUCCCAAUUGUGCUCGUAAAAUGCUAGAAAGUUGCUCACUGUUAUGCCAAGUGCUAAAGUUACUACUGAAAUUUCUUGAUAUUUUUAUAGAAAAUUUAAUGAAAAGCUUUAGUUGUCGUUCUUCACAAUAAUUUCCGACAACAAUCAAGAAAAAUAGCUUGAAACCUAGUUUAAAAAGUUGCUCGCGAAUAUGGGCAGAAUUUAAAGACGCUCUGAAGUCUAAUGGAACGAAAUAGGCUUACGAAACGUUGUUGAGUGACUGGUCAUGUGUUCAAAAGGUUGAUGAACGUUCAAUAAUUCGAAUACAUUGAAGUCAUCUAUGAAAUAGAUGACUUUUUCUUGAUUGAUAUGCGCUCUGAACCUAUAUUUUGCUAAAAAAUUGCUCUGUAAGGCAAAAACUUCUCCACGUUGCUAGAGCUGCAACGAAAAUGCUCCAUGCGCCAAAAGAUGGUCAAAAGUUAGGCACAAUCUGGUCAGGCAUAUUCGCCGUCUAGACUCAUACCCAGACCUUCACGAUUAUUACUCGAUAGGAUCUGGGUACGAGAUUACUCGUGGUCCACUUCAAAUUCAAAGAACAGUGUGUGAUUUGACCCCAAUAAUAAAGUCCUGUGACUUUUGUUCGCACACUUGAAACAAAUUUUUGUUCUGAAUUUCGCAAGGAUUAUUACUUAUUUCAUGUUCUAGCUACUACCCGAUUUUCUUUACAUCCUAUUCUUGCGGGAGUGUGCUUUCCUCAACCCACUCUAAACAAAUGAAUUGUUUUGCAUUUCGUCUUUUUUACAGUUCGUCUUUAUGAUACAAACACAGGGCAGUGUUUUGUGCCGGCAAACCCCCGUGAAUAUCACACAGGAUCUAUCAAUAUGGUGAGAGUGAUGUGAUUUUUGUGACAAAUUUAGUGACAAAUUUAGUGACAAAUUUAUGCCAAAUAAUUUUACGGUGGAGCCAAUAACAAGAACUCUCAUAGCCUCGUUCCCAGACCUUUCACGGCUAAGCGGUUGUAAGAAUCCUAUAUCUCAGUUACAAUUACAGUUACACGGUAGGGAUCUGGGUACGAGAUUAGCACUCUUUCUCUACAUUUCUUACUCAUAAGACAUUCCUCGCCUAGACUCUGGUCAUUAAUUAUCACCCGGGGGGAGAGGGGGGGAGGGGUUGCCGGAGGAUUUUAGUGGUGAAACGUCAAAACUUACCUGAUCACCCCAUAAGGCUAUGUAAUAUUCCUAUGAAGCUCCCCCCCAUCCUUCAUUGGCAGUUCAUUGGCAGUAAUUUUUCUACAGCCCUUUCCCCCACCCCUUGUACUCUGUUGAUGACGACUGAUUCCCUCUCCGUUCCCCCUGAAAACAAAGUGAGCCCCCCCUACCAAAUUCCUCCUUCUUGUGACUGGUCCUUUACAUAUCAUUUCUAAUAAUGAGAUCUCGUACCUUUUGGUGUAAUAAAACACUUGUAAAUAUUUCAUAGACUAUUAACUGCACUCGCCCUACGGGCUCGUGGAAUUAUGUUGUUUUUUCUGGGGUCGCACGAGGUUGAAAAUUAUCCAAAUGCUGAUAAAUCAUGGAACUAACGACACACAUGUAAUUCUUUUGCGUCCUUGUACUUAAUUCUAUAGUGUCCAUUAACCCGAAAGAAUGACUAGCAUCUAAUUUCUCCUUACAAUGUCACAGCUAAAUCACACAUUGACCCUUUAGCCCCCUACGAGUGACUAGCAUCUAAUUUCUCCUUACAAAAUUACCCCUGAAUCAAACUUGAAAGUUAUGAGAAUAGAGGAGAUGAUCACCAACUAAAGCAGCUCUUGAUUGUGAAACAAAUUCUCCUUGUCAGCCUCUUUGGAAAUGUACGAAGAACAGUAUGGAGAAUAUGUAUACUGAUGUUAGGGUGUGAAGGGUUAAGGUCCCGAGAAUAAAGGAAAUGAUCACCAUCUUGAAAAAGGUCUUGCUUGUUAAACAAAUUCUCCAUUUCAGCUCAUUAGGAAAUGUAUAGAGAACAGUAUGGAGAAUAUGCACACUGAUGUUAAGGUUUAUAGGGUUAAUAGGGCUUCGUUUAUCAAUUGUAGGUGAAAUAUUCCGCAUCAGCUAAUCUUUAUGCAUCUUGUAGCAAGGAUGGAGCAAUAAAGGUAAGUCGGACUAACACAGCUGUCACACGUUGGCGUAUGUGCGAACACUGCUAGGCAACGAUUUUAAAUGUGUAAAAGAUGACACUUCAGUCAAACGUCGGGCGUACGGAAGGGGAGCAACUUUGGCGCCCGCGAGCCAGUUUCCCGCGGAAAACAUAAGAAACAACCCGUGUCUCGCGGACAAAAGCGAAAGACUGUAACGUUUAUAGAAAUCUAUAAAAGGAAAUCAGAAGUAGGGAGAAGGAAGACAUGAGACUCUUCGAACACAAUCCUGCUGGAUUACCGUUCUGUGUAGAGUUUUACCACAAAAUGUGAUUGACUUUUAAAACACAGUAACUUGAUGGCUUGUGUGGUCGUUUGUAACUUGGAAGAUGUAAAGAGCUGUGCGAGUGCGGAGCCGGACGGCCUUUCCAGACCGGCUCGCUGAACCUGCCUUGUCCAACACACGUCAGCUUUCGUUAUAACUUUGUUUAGGAUUGCCUGAAGGGGGCUGUAUGUGUCUAAUUAAUAUGGAUAUUACGUUGGAAACUUUCUUUCAUUUUUGUUGUAAAUAACUUGGCACAUGAUAACACGUGUCCUGAUUUGCUGUAGAUCUGGGAUGGAGUCAGUAACCGGUGCAUCGCAACAUUUGAACAGGCACACCAGGGCGGAGAGGUGAGUUAUGUACAGACACACCAUUCUUCACAGGUUAGUUAUGUACAGGCAUACCGGGGUGGAGAAGUUAGUUUUGUGCAGGCACACCAGGGUGGAGAGGUUAGUAAUGUAAAGGAAUUUGCGAGACUUAUUUGUUCAUAUUGCUUAAAACAAAAUCACUGUUGUUGAAAAUUGUUGCGCACUGAGUCUACUUUGCCAAAUAAGGGUCUAAAAGUCACAGCGUUUUCACUCUUGCCUCUCUCUCUUUGUUAACUGGUCCACUUUGCCUCUAAUACUCCUUUUAUGGCCUGAUCCAGGCGUUCAGAAAUAAAACUAAGCGAAGUAGUAAGUCAUGUAAAUUUGCCUCUAAUACUCCUUUUAUGGCCUGAUCCAGGCGUUCAGAAAUAAAACUAAGCGAAGGAGUAAGUCAUGUAAAUGGCGCGAUAGAAGCGGUAGAGAGAAACGACGGAGGCUUGGGUCGAGUCAUCACCCGCCCAAACCUCUCUCUUUUUUCCACUCCUCCGCUACUAUUGCCCUUCGUUUUGCUAACUGAAGGCCUGGAUCAGGCUAAUCUUCUUACAAAGAUGAUUUUCUAUGUUGCAGGUGUAUUCUGUUUGUUUCUCUCAAAACGGAAAGGUAAGGGGAGAACAUAAUGAUUUCUUUACUUAGUUCGUUUGCACUUCAUAUAUAUUUUUUUCGACAACAAAGGCUUACUUUAAAGCUAGUGGUUUUAUUUCAUCUUUUGUUAGUGUAGCAUGUUCCAAACAUUGAGGAAGUUAAACGAAGCGCGAUAAAGAACGGCGCCAUAGUCGCGGAGGAGUGGAAAAAUGAGAGAGGCUUGGGUCUGACACGUAAUGAACCAUUCGACCCAAACCUCCCACGUUAUUCGCUCUGCUGCCGUUGUCGCGCCUGUCGUUCACUAUUUCGCAUGGAUUUCGUAGCGUUCACUUCCUAAAAGCUUGGAACAUGCUGGUGUUAGUGCCUAAAAAUGACAAAGAUUUGACGUGUUUUUCGCUCAAUACUUUUUACUCUUGCAGUAUAUAGUUUCAAGUGGAAAAGAUUCUCGUGUGUACCUAUGGGAACUCUCAACUGGUAAAAAAAAUUUCAAAACGAUAAACUUUUACUUGUUUCUAUUUUAUUUUGUUUUCUAUUGUGAUUGUACCUUACCCCUUAAACUCUCAAGAGUGACCGGCUUCUAAAUUCUCCAUACAGUAUCACCCUUGAAUCAAAUGUAAAUGUCAUGAGAAUAAUGGUAAUGAUCACUAAUGCAAAAGACUCCUGAUGGUCAAACAGAUUCUCCUUGGCAUUACUAUGGGAAAUACAAAGAGAACAGUAUGGAGAAUAUGAAUGCUCAUGUAAUGGUGUCAACGUUUAACUUUUCCUCAGAGUACAGAAUGUGUCCUCAGUUCAGCAUCAAUAUGCUAAAAUUUCAACAGUCGGUUAUUUUCCAACAGAGACUGUUUUUAACUCGCUCAAUUUCGUUUUUAGGGAAGGCUCUAAGCAUGUACAUAGGCGCCACAAUGUCAAACUACAGGACACAGAUUGUUUUCAACCACACCGAGGAUUUUUGUGAGUCCGCUUUGAUGAUAAUUGUUGUUCUUUGGGUUCUAUCGUGAAAGUGCUGGAGACGUUCUAAUGAGAGGAAGAGGGAAGCCUAUUACAGAGAGGGAAAUAUGAGAGGGAGAGGCUUAUCAGGGAGGGGCACUUACUAAGAAGGGGGAGCUUAUUGGAAAAGGGGAGCUUGUUAGAGGGAGGGUCUCAUAGCCAAAUUAUAGGGGUACCUACUAAGGAGGGGAGAUAAUUAGUGAAGGGGAACUUGUGAGAGGGAGGGUCUCAAAGCCAAAUUAUAGGGGUACUUACUGAAGAGGGGAGAUAUUUAGAAAGGGGGGAGCUUAUUAGAGAAGGGAAGCUUGUUAGAGAAGGGGAGCCUGCUAGAGGGAUGGGAUUUUAGCCAGAGAGGGGUACCUGCUAAGGAGGAAAGAUAAUAAGAGAGGGGGAGCUUAUUAGAGAGGGGAAGCUUGUUAGGGAGUGGGGCUUAAAGAUAUGAUAGGGAGGGGGUAUGUUAGCGAGGGGCUUCACUAGACAGGGAGGUUUAUAAUAGAAGGGGGCUUCUAGAGAGGGGGGUUAUCAGAGGAGAGGACUAUUUAGGGAAUGGGCUUACCUAAGAGAGGGCUCAUUUGGGAGGGGGUUUAUUCAAGGUUGGCCCAUUAGAGAGGAAGGGCUUAAUGGAGCUUUACGAUUAUGUGUUUUGCUAAAUUUUUAACUUACUCAACUUUAAUAGUGAUUGCCGCCGACGAAUCGAAUAACAGUAUAGCUUGCUGGGACACGAGGUCAACAGAGCUGCAAAAAACUCUUAAUUCAGGUAUAAAUAAAACUGGUUUUCUUGUUGCUAUGGAAAGUAUUGCGAUUUAGUUUUGGUCUUUCUUUUUGUGUCACACAUUAAAUCAUAACCUUCCAUAACCAAUUGUGUGUAUAGGAGAUUUUGUUAUUUAAAAUUAGCUUGUUUCGCUUGCUGUAUCUCAAAUCGAGAUGGACAGCGAUAUAUAGCGUAAAGUUUUUUAAAGAUCGCGGUUGGUUAACAUGCGCGAAUUGAAAGUUGUAACCUAAACGCGGUAAGAAUUACGUCGAAAUAUGUCAGUAAAAUCGCCGAUGUCAGCUUCACGGGAUUUCGUUUUAAUUAAGACCGCGUUCUGCAACGAGCGCACGUGAUAAGUUGGUUCUUUCCACGUGCGCCACGGGCUUUCGUUUACAUAAAAGCUGUGUUGUGAAACGAGCGCACCUGCGAAGUUCGGUCAUAUCAUGUGCGCCCCACAGGACGUUGAAUAGACGGGCGAAGUGAAACUACGAAGGUGAAACGUAACUCUGGGACUAGGACUGAAUGUGCUAAUAUUCCAUUUGUAUACGUUUUCUUUCUUUAGGUCACAACAACCACAUUCGCUGUAUCACCCACUCCCCUACAGGAGCAGCGUUUGUCUCGUGUAGCGACGACUUCAGGGCGAGGUUUUGGUACUGUGAGGGAGUAUAGAGAAUUCCUCCACCGAUUGCAUUGAAAGCUUAGCAUUCGUGUCCAUUACACCGAUCUUUAACGCAAAUAUAAAGCUAAAGUUACAACCUCAAUCUCUCCCGAAAUCGUCUCAGAGUUUCAGCCUUCUAGGUGCUUUACCUGUCAUCUUAACUUGGAUAAACUCGUUCGGCUUUGUGUAAUUUGUGAGACUUUGAAAUAAAAUCUAACGCCAGUUUUCGUCUGUUGUUUUAUUUAUCAUUACUAUUAGAGCAAUGUUCAAUUGAGUUCCACUUUUGUUUUUGCAUUAUUUCGCUCCACCGAUCAGUCAAUACAAUACAAUACAAUACUUUAUUUACCC